ACCCCUAUCCCAGAAAACCACGCCAGUGCCAAGCUGAGGGUUCUUCCCCAUUGUCAGAAGGGGUGAACGUCCACAGACAGGCCCCACUGGCCGCCCUUUGUCUUAGGUGUAAGAAUAAUAUUCGACGUCCUUUGUCAUAUCUUACCUGUCAGACUUUCAUCUACAUCAAGUGAGGUCAGCAUAACGAGUCUUGAGUGGACAUUUUGUCAUCUGUAAAAUUUCGGAACCCGUACGUCCCACGUUUGUGCGCUGACGAAGCGUCAGGUCUGGAGAGACACUGCGAAUCGUGAGGGUCACGGCCGUCACUCGGACGGUCUCGUUUUUCGGCAAAUUGAUUUAAUCAUCAGUACUGUUGGGUGAACCAGAAAUAAUCAUGGAUGCCUCUCCAAAGCCAGCAGAUAGUGAGGCAGCCAAUGCAGAGGUUCCAGACAAGUCUGAACUGCAGGAGGAGCCUGAGAAGGCAUCAGAGCAACCAUCACCAUCCAAAAGACCUUAUGAAAAGGAUGACUCAGACCAAGAGGAGACAGCAGAUGCUCAGGCUGCAAAGAAGCCAAAAUUGGACACAGAUGCAGGAACAGAGGUGGAAGCAGAGGCUACGACAUCAUCAGAACAGUCUGCUGAGCCUGAUGCUGAGGUUGAACCAAAUGCUGACCCAAAGGAGAGCGCAGACAUCGAAACGGACAGCAAGGCUGUGGAGGAAGGGACUACUGAAGCUGACAGCAAGGCUAGAUCUUCUGAGAAUAACACCGAAGAUGAAGCCAGUCAGGACAGUAUGCAGUCCAUGUCCAGUAAAAGUUCCAAGCAGAACCCAGACUCCACCACUAACGAGCAGGAUGAGGAGGUGUUGGACUUUUCCAGGUCAGCUCGAGAUGCCAGCGACAGUGAAAGUGAUAGUGAGAGGAGAACAAGGAAUGCCAUCAAGAAGGAGCCAGUUGACCACAUGGAUACAUCAGAGGCUGUUAAUGGUGAUGCCAACAGAACGGAGCCCAGCAGCCGAGCAUCUUCACCUGACUGCAUCGUCCUGUCAGACGACUCGGAUUCCAAGAGUCCAGUCACCAAUGGACAUGAUGAAGACGCAGCCAGCAAGUCUGCUAACAAAGGGGAGAAGAAGAAUGGCCUAAUGUCUGCCGAGGAUCACGACAAGGUCAUUAAAAAACUGAAAGAGGAGCUGAAAAGUGAAGAAGCCAAGCUUAUUCUCCUGAAGAAGAUUCGACAAAGCCAGGUUCAGGUACAAAGAGAGAACACAGCCCCAGGUGGUAAAGUGGCAAUCCCACGGCAGCCCACAGCGAGUGGCCCACCUCCGCUGGUCCGCGGUGGCCAGCAGCCCAACCAGAGGGGCCAGGCCGGCAUGCCGCAGCUCAUGAGAGGUCCCAUGGUGCAACAGGCUCGACAGCAAGGUCCGCCACCACUCAUCAUGGCGCCGCGGGUAAGCACGCCGAGCGGGAUGAAUGCCAACAACAUGGUUGGGAUGCGUGGCACCAACAUCAACAUCAUUCCGCUGCAGAUGAUCCGCCCUGUCAAUCAGAAUUCUGUUGCCGUGACGACAUCCAACCUGUCAGGGUCGUACCAGCCCAUCCAGGUGCACCAGGUGGCCUCGCAGCACCCAGGGACCCCGCCCAGCCAACAGCAACAGGCCAACGACCCUCAGACCGCAGCCAGCAGACAGGCGGCCGCCAAGCUCGCUCUCCGCAAGCAGCUGGAGAAGACGCUGCUGCAGAUCCCUCCCCCCAAACCUCCGCCACCAGAACUCACAUUCCUGCCCAGUGCUGCUAACAAUGAGUUUAUAUGCCUGAUUGGGCUGGAGGCAGUGGUGAACAAUAUCCUGGACAUGCAGGACCCCAGUAGGAACGCAGUACGGGCCCAGCCCGAGCCUCUGUUCUGCAAGCAGUGUAAAACAGACUUCUCCGCCAUGUGGAAACAAGAGAAACCAGGAAGUCCAACUGUCAUCUGCGAGCAGUGUGUAACAACCAACCAAAAGAAGGCACUCAAGGCAGAACAUACCAACAGACUGAAGACAGCAUUUGUCAAGGUUAGUUCAGUGAUGGAUCUCCAAACCAGUGCUGAUCACUACCUGGCCCUUCAGCAGGAGCAGGAGAUCGAGCAGCGCAUGAACCAGACUCUGCCCACCUCCUCCUCCACUCCCUCAUCCUCCUCCCCUGCCAACCUGACCACCACCCACCAGCACCAGCUGCAGCAGCUGCGCACCCACCAGCAGGUGAGGAGUCGGGGGCGGGGCAGGGGACGGGGCAGGGGCAGGGCUGGGCUUCUCCAAGCCCACAGUCGCCAGUUUCACAGCCAGUCUCGCAGCAGCAACUCUCACGUCUUCAGCCACUUCGGCCAGGCCUCCAACAUGCAGCCAGGCAUGUUUCCCUACCAGGUGGUGCAGAACAAGCCAUCCUCCGCUGCCGACCGCCACCGCGAGUACCUUCUAGACAUGAUCCCAUCCCGGUCCCUUCCACAGACAACAAUAUCAUGGAAGCAAUAGUCCUGUAGCUGCUAGGUCCAAACCAGUAGUGGGGAUGGGUGGUUGUGACAUGUACGCACAGAUGGUCUAGUGUUUGUAAUUUGGAACAAGCGUUAGCUUGAAGUCCUGGUUUCACUUAUAUCUGCUCUGACUGUUGCUAUCCGACAGCAGAUACAAGCUAGACAAGAACAGACAUCAGGCUAGGAGAUAUGAUAGUGGACUUAGAAUUAUGUUUAUGCCAGUAUGAGGCCUCUUGGCCUUUAACUUAAGGAUGGUCGUUCUGUAGCUAUCAAGAAUUUGUUAAGUAUGGAGCAGUCUUGAAAAGCCCUUGAUUGUGACAUUCUUUUAUACUGGUUGAAAAUACAUGCAUUGAUUGGUAAAUAUAUGUAUCUACACAUGUAUAUGUAUAGGCCCUGUGAAAGUUGAUACCAAGAAAUAUCGUAUACGUUGACAGAAAUCUUCCAGGUCCGUUGAUGUAAAGAGUAUUUUCUGUGUUAUGCAGCAUCAGUGCACAUGACUGGUUUAAGUGCAAAUACUGUGGUGCCAUUUAUGGACUUGAGAUGUGAGAAACCAAAUGACUAGCCAUAACAAAUACCACACAACUACGUAAUUAACAUCAACCCUUUUCAAAUGAUAUGAUAUAAUCCACAUACUUCAUGACACUGGCAAAAAUAAAAGCAUUGCAUUGCACAGAAAAGAAAGGACCAACAAAUCGUACAAAACUGUGCUCAUUGUGUGAAUGUCAGGUACUCUUGAACCUCAUAUACACCAUACCUCAAGCUGUGGUCUUACUAUAGUACUAACCAGGAAUGUAUUUAAAACUGACAGUUACCAUGGUGUCUUGGCUCUAGUAGAACAAUUGACAGCAUUACAACAUUUACUUUGCUAUCCUCACAUUACAUUAAAAUAAGCGCAAUGGCUGUCCAGCUUGAGGUAAAUUGUUCAUUCACAUAAACAAUUAGGAGAUCACAGCAAAACCAUUGUAUUUCCCUGUAGUAUGCAUAUGGGUUCCCAAACAUAUCGAAGUAAAGGCUUGCCUACUGCAUGAAUGUGGAGAGUGCCAUAAGUAGCAUGGAAUCACAAAUUUCUACCAGUACUUGACACAGUAGUAUGUGGAAUACCGGCUAAAGCAUGCCAUAGAGUGUGCCCUUACCAGUUGGUUUUAUGCUUGUAAUACAGUUGCAUAAUUGUGAAAAUUGUAUUUUCCCCCGAAUGGUUUCAAGGGAAAAGAAGGUAAUGUGUACUGAAAGAUGGUAUGACUAAAGAAACCCAGUAUUGGUUUGUCAGCUAACAUUGGUCACUUUGAAUUUGGAAAGAUGUUGGUAGUCUCAAGAAAUGGCAAUGCAUGAUUCUCUUCACUACACAAAACAAAUAUAAGGUACAUGUACUGAAAGGAGUGUACCACUUAAUCCCAUGGCACUUAACUCAAUAGCCAGUUAAAAUUUAGGCUACGCUUUUAAGUGGAACUUCAGAAAUAUGGAAAUCUGCUUGUCAAAUUGAAAAGAGAUCAGUGUUGGCUGCAAGUUGUGUGCCUCUCGCCAGACGAAUGUCCUGAGGAAUUCAUUAUUUCCUGCUGCAAGAAACAGUAGACAAGACUGUCGUCCUGUACUUGCUUGUGCAUCUCAGUUGUUUCAUAUUCUGAUAUCUAAACUUGGAUUUUCAUAUUGUUAAAUCCAGCAGGUCAAUAGAAUAUCUCAAGACUGAUGAUAGAGAAUUACCCUGCACGCUUCUUCAAACUGCUCUUAUGUCCUUGAUUUGUUAUCAUCCUUCACAAAUCUUUUCCAUUUGUUGACUGGAGACAUAGAUCAGUCUACUAUUGUAUGACAUCAUGUACUUACUAGUAACUUGAGGGUAAUGCUGGCACUACAUGCAGCUCCUCUCAUUGUGCCAUUGAUGCUGAUAGGUUUGAAUUAUCACCUGCAGAGCAUGUACAUAAAAUGUGUUUACUGCAGUUCAUUUAUGAAGUGCAAGGAGGCGUACGUCUCGUGUCCCUCUAGUACCAGAUUUGCGACUACUCUUGAAAGAGAAUAUUUUGGCUUCUAUAUUUCAUUACUUGUCAUAUUUGUACCCUUUAUUUAUGGUGACGUUAGGGACAAACCUGUAAGAACCUCCUCUUGUUGUCUAAAGACUCAUCACCAUUUUGUUUACCACCUGUGCAAAAUUCCUAAUACAAUGUGAAUAUUUAUUGUCAAGGUUUAGUUAAGAUGUUGAAUUCCACUGAUGAUGUGAACUGAGAGUACAGUAUGGAGAGCCCAUGAUGGGUAGCCAAUUACAAUAUGCUAAUGAUAUUUUCAAAAAUUGAUGUUGACAUGUAGCAAAAAAUAAAAGCCUGUGAACAGGA